AUGUCACAAUCCAGUGGAAGUGCUCGUGAUUACGUCGAGUCCUACGUGAAAGAAACGGGACGUCAGGAUAAUGAUUAUCUUUCCGAGAAACAACCACGAUAUGACCCUACCAAAAUACCGGAUGCGCCAACCACGCCUUCUACCGCCACCGGCCACCCACCAGCGCCUACACAAGAAACCGAGCCAAAAUCACAGUUUCCAUCGUUUCAUGCUCCCACCGUGAAUCCCAUGCCAUCGACUGAGGAGUCCUCGGAACAACCGCAGCAGCAACCACAGGUCGUAUGGGCUGUUCGUGAUUUCAUGGAUCAGAAACAAGAGAUUCACGAAACUGCUUUGGCCAACUGUGCGGAUCUCCACGAAGAUCUCAUUGUGUGUUUCAAGAAUGGCAGUUGGUGGGAUAAAGCGAAAAUGUGCGAAGCACAAAAAAAGAAGUUUUGGAACUGUUACCACACACAAAAGAAAUUUCUAAAGGAUGUGAAUUAUAAGGGCCCCAUCAGUACUCAGGAGGACGAUGACGUGAAACUUUACCAGGCACUAAAACUACGCGAUGAAAUGGAUACCAAAGCACCAGAGGCAUCAGCUGCUUCUCAAUAA